UCAAUAUUUUAUGAAUUUUUCUUGAAUCUCAUAGAGCAAAUCGGAUUCAUUGUUUGGGAUUUUUGUUUUAGCAUAUCGGUUUAGGUUAUUUGUUUAGGAUCUUAGAAUAUCAGCAUGUAAUCGCAUCUAUACAGGAUGAGCGGCUUUGGGCUGUUAUCGUGUACAGCUGUUGCUAUAAAAAUAUGUGUAUAUGAGUGGGAUUCCCCGAAUAAUGCAUAGAGUAAAGACGUAAUGUACUUUUUACGCAAUUUAGUUUGGUUUUGAGAGUUGAAAAGAAAAGACGCUUAGUUGUUGUGAGUAUUUAAAACAUUAUAAGUAAAAUAAAGUUAGUGCUCGUAUAGAUUUAUUAACUCAAUAACAGCCUUAACACAAUGUCACAUAAUUCACCUGUAAUAAAAGCCAAGAGGAAGGCGAUCAGUUUAGAUACUAAAAUUAAAAUUUUAGAUCAACUUACAACAGGACAAGGAGCAACGGCUGUAGGAAAGCAUUUUGGUAUUCAUGAAGCUACCAUAAGAACGAUCAAGAAAAAUGAAACUGCGAUUAGAAAAUCGGUAUGUUCUGGAACGAAAAUAAGUGCUAAAUCAUCGUCAUACAUAAGAGAUGUUGUCAAAGAGAAGAUGGAAAAAGCUUUGGUAAUGUGGAUUGAAGAUAAAUCACAAAAAAGAAUACCAGUAGAUGGAAUUGCUAUCAAGCAAACUGCAUUAAGAAUUUAUAAACGUAUUAAAGAAGUUGAGCCAGGCACUUCAUCUCAGUCAAAACAACCCGAAUUUUCUGCAAGUACAGGUUGGAUGACAGGUUUUCUUAAACGACAUGCUCUCCAUAAUGUAAAAAUUAAGGGAGAAACUGCGUCUGCAGAUGAAUUGGCUGCCAAAAAAUUUCCUGAAAAACUUAGAAAAAUUAUUGAAGAUGGAGGAUACACCUCAGAUCAAGUUUGGAAUGUAGAUGAAAGUGGCCUCUUUUGGAAAAAAAUGCCGAGCAGAACUUAUGUUGCAAAAUCGCAGAAAACUGCCGGUGGUUUAAAAGUAGCAGAGGACCGUGUAACAUUGUUGUUUUGUUCCAAUGCUUCAGGAGAACGUAUGUUAAAACCACUGCUAGUAAAUCGUGCUUUAAGACCACGCUCGAUGAAAAGUGUAGAUUUCAAUAAACUGCCAAUUCACUGGACCGCAAACAAAAAGGCAUGGAUGACCAGUGCAAUCUUUACAGAAUGGUUCCAGAAAUACUUCAUUUCAGAAGUUAGACUCUACAUGAAUGCAAAAUGUCUAGAAUUUAAAGUUCCUUUAAUUCUAGACAAUGCACCUUGCCAUCCGCUCUUGGAGCACCCAAAUGUGCAAUUUUGCUAUCUUCCGCCUAACACUACAUCCUUAAUACAACCGCUAGACCAAGGGAUCAUUGCUACUUUUAAAAAGUACUACAUAAAACGUUCAUUCCAAUACGUGGUAGACAAACUAGACCAUAAUGAGGAUUUAACAGUCAUUGAUAUGUGGAAAAAAUUUUCUAUUAUGGACUGCAUUAAUCAAAAUGUGUCCAAAGAUCCUGUCCAUAAUAACGCUGUUUUUACUGACAUCACAACGCUGGCACAUACAAUUGGUGGAGAUGGAUUCGAUGAUCUAUCAUUUGCCGAUAUAGAGGAAUUAUUAGCUGAUAAAAGCUUGAGCGAAAAUGAAAUUAUAGACCUCACCCUUGAGACUCAUAAAGACAGAGAACAUAGCGAUAAUGACGAAGAAGAUCCUCCCAUUUUAAAUGCAACUCUAAUUAAAGAAGGUCUUGAUCUUGCCAGAAAAUUAGGUAAUCAUUUUCAACAACAUGAUCCUGAUGAGGAACGAGCUGCAAAAUUUCAACGUGAACUGAAAUCAUUAAUGGCAUCUUACAGGGAACUUUAUAAAGGUUUAUCACGAAAUCAAACACAAUCUUUAAUGACUGAUUUCCUUCUAAAAACUACUGAAUUAUCAACACAGGAGCCUAGAGAUGAUAAUCCAGAAACAAUUUCACAAGAUGAUGAACAAAAUAAUUCUAGUGAUGGCAGUGAUAUUCUAGUCUUACGCAAACGUAUGCGUUUAUUGUCAGAAAGUGACAAUGCAUAA